UGUGUGUGUGUGUGUGUGUGUGUGUGCGCGCGUGCGUGCGUGUGUGGUUGGGAUUAGGUGUGUGUGUUCAGGAUUAUUCAUGUGUGUUAAGGCUGGGCCGGAUUACACAGAGCAGAGAUAGGAGGCAGAAAUGUUCCUGGUCUCCUCCAGGUCUCAGUCCGUCUGAUCCGGACCUGCUGCCCCCCCACAGCUGGAUGAAAUCAUGGCUGACGUCCCUCAGCUCGUUAAAAUCGGGAUUUCCUUGAAGAUGCUUCCCAACAACACGGCGGUGUUCUUCAAAUCGGACGGAGCUCGGUUCGGACAGACUCGAACCAUCAAGCUGCUGACCGGGUCCAAAUACAAGCUGGAGGUGGUGGUAAAACCUGGAGCCGUCCAGGCCACCUCAAUGAGUAUUGGUGGGGUGACCUUUCCUUUGGAGCAGCAGUCUAAAGACCCUCAGUCUGUGGUCUACACUGGUCUGUAUGACACAGAGGGGGUGGCACACACCAAGAGUGGAGAGAGGCAACCUGUUCAAAUCAACAUUCAGUUCACAGAGGUGGGCUCGUUUGAAACUGUGUGGCAGGUGAAGUUCUACAACUACAACAAGAGGGACCACUGCCAGUGGGGCAACAGCUUCAACAGCAUUGAGUAUGAAUGUAAACCCAACGACACGCGCACACUCAUGUGGAUCAACAAGGAGAUGUUUGUCUGACGGGACAAAGAGAUCUGGGGUAUACGUCAAUGGGUUUGCACUCUUUCACAUGUCUGCUAAACCGGUAGAUCUACACGUCCCAUAUUUCUUCCAUUUCUUGAUGAUGGAUUGAACAGAAAUCCUGGAGAGGUUCAGCACCUCUUUGAGCUGAGUCAGGUCACUUUCUAGGUGGUGAAACUUUAUGUACUUGUAUCCAACUAGUAUUAAAUUUGAUUUGACUUUAACCUCCAAGGAGCCGAUGCCACAUGUGUGGACAAAAACACAUGCAAUGCAAGAGUUCAUGUUUUUGGAAUUUAAUGAGGUUUUUUAAAAGACCCAUUUAUAUUGAUUAAGACUCGUUUAUAAUAGCAAUAAAACAGUCAAGGGGCUCUGUAAAUGUAUUUUUCCUGUUCUCAGUCUGGUUUUCCUUGAAUUUGAUGAAUUGUGCGUACAUUGUACUGCAGUUGUCUACUGUAUGUACACCCAUGUUUUCAUUAUGUGUGUGUAUUUUACAGAUGGUGCUUGUACAGAUGUGUGUUCUGUGUGUAAUAGUAUAAAAGUAUGCUGUGAAACUGUAAAAUGUGAAGCAUGAACUGAUCAGUGUGAUUUGUUCACUGCAGGUGUGAAGAUUUGGUAUUGUUUGUGGGUACAGUUGUGUAUUUGUCUACAAUGUGUUUGCCUUCUCUACCUCUAAAAACCUAAAUCUUGGUGUUUAUUGAAAAAAAUUUUAUUUGUUCGAUAUUCGGAACCUAAACUGAUACAUGCAAUGUCGACAUGUUUUUGUGUAUAAUUAUUAUUAGUUAUAUAACAAAGUGUUUUUGUACAGAAAAAUCAUUAAGUUUGUGUGUAUUUUGUUAGAAAAGAAUUGUUAUCUUUAAUUAAAUAAAUUAACUUGAUCUAUGCAACACAUCAAAGCAACACAGUGACAUUGAAAUAUAUAUUUAAUUAAUGAUGAAAGUCUUACCUUUUGUCAAAGUGAUGUGUAAUAUGUUAACAAAAAAUAAAUCUACUUUUGUGUUUUGUCCAGAUUACAUUUGA